AUGAUCAUCUCUCAAUUUCGCACUUCUCCUCUUCUUCUCUUCCCCCCCUUUAGCUUCCUCUGGCAGGUCUCCAAAGUUCUUGCUUAUCACUCUUCGAUCUGUUCAUCGCGACUAGUACUAUUGAUAUCCGGUAUUUCUUUCACCUCCCCACCAGAUUGUGGCUUAUCUUUCGAGAAGUAUAAAGAACUGACACUCCUCAAAAUCCUCGAUUCAGUCUCAUCUGUACUUGAUUCUUGGCUGGUCCUGGUCUCGACAAUACCUAAACCGCCUAAUACCCUAAUUCUGCGACUUGUUCUUGGCCCGCCUAUCUCAAGGUCGCACACCCCUCUGUCGCCGUUCAACUAUUAG